UACGUGUGUUUUAUUUAUUACGCUUUUUUGAUAUAUUAAAAAUAAUAAUUAGGUGAGAAUAAUAGAAAGAAAAAAAUUACAUUUCACCAGAUAGUUUCAUGACAUGAUCACGGUUUAACGCUGCCCACAUCUGCAAUCACGAAUCUUUAUAUCGCUCCCGAUAGCAGAGAUUCAAUUCGCGCUAUCGCACCCGUACGCUUUAACAAAAGUAAUUUACGAUUGUUCACACAAGUUCAAACAAUACUUUAUAUAUAUUUUUUCAAUUUGACACCGUCGACAGUAUGAUUGAAUCAGCUCUCGAUGCAGAAAAUGUGGCUCCAUUGCGGUAUACUGAUCCACCUAUUCGGAUUUAUCCUCACAAAAUCGUCUAAAUUAGACGAUGCCGGAGGAUAUUCUUUGUCUCUAUAAAGAAAACUGACGCUGAAGUUAAAAACGGCGGCAAGUCUGAAGCAUAAUCUUGGAAAAGUUCUUCACGAGUUGCCAAUACAGAGUUAUGAGAUGCACCACUCCGUAAAGGUAAUCGAGGAUUAUUUGAAAAAUGGAGGUUCAAUGCUCGAGUUUCUCGACGUUUUACCUUCCAUAACGUACGCGCCUAUCGCGAAGCAGUUGUACAAUAUCUUCGGAUCCAUGGAGGACCAUUUGCCUGAGUAUCUUCUUCCGGCAAUAUCCUUGAUACGACGAUCCCUGUCGGAAGGUCUUCUGGAUGCCGACGAGAUCUACAGACCUACUUUCGGACCGCUGAAGGCCGAUCCAUUGGAGAAGAUCCCCUUGAGAGAAUUGAAGGAAGCAGCUUCUUUGCUGACCUACCACACGCCGAUCAAAGACGUCAAAGGACCUUGGCCGAAGAUUAUCGGCGAGACGGUGACGUUGAUUUACGAUAAAGUCAUCUCUCCGCGUUCUGAACUGAUCGCAUACAUGUUGGCGAAUCUGCGGAUACCCGAAGCGACGGCGGAGGUGAGAGAAUCGGUCGUGCUUCUCGUCGAACAUCUACGAUCGCAAGGCAAGCACGUAUUGACCGGUUUCAACUUGGCAUCCGAUCCGUACGCGCUGAUCGCCAACGUAAUCUUCAGUCUGCCCCUGCAAAACGAGACGCUGAUAGCCGCCAACGUGUUGUUGCCGUUCCUACGAAGGCCCUCGGAGUGUCGAGGAUCCGCUGAAUUUGCCGACUUCUUUCAGAACAACAUUUUGAACUACACCCUGCUGAUAUCUCGGGAUAGAAUGAUCUCUAGAUCAAAAGAUGGUAUCGCGUUUCUGUCUAUGAUCCAGCAGAAUAAUACGGAUCUAUCGGAUGUCAUGAAGCAAUUCUUCCCCUUCGAGUACUAAUCUGCGGAUGAAAACUGUAAUAAAACGUUCGCCCUGUGUACGUACUUCGGAAUCCUUUUGCGCAUCCUUAUUUAACGUGAGGUAGAACCAGGUAUCUACUUAUUGUUAGUACGGUUCCCGAAAAACUUGAUGGCAUUCAUUGUUUGUGCAUUUUUUUACGCAAAUCUGUUUCUUUAUACUCACUUAUCGGCAACUAAUAUUUAAUUUAUUUUUUGCUGUCUUUUUCUAUUUAACGAUUUUAUAAAAUUUUAA